CAGCCAAUCGGGCGCCGAUUUUUUUAAAAAGAAGGCGUGGCGAAGGAACUACAAACCCCAGAAGGCCUUGCGCCGGAAGUAGGCCUUCCCUCCUACCCACUUCCGCCUGGGUUUGCAAAAGGAAGGAGGCUCUAUUCAGCAGCUCGAAGGCUUCUCAGACCUUCCCUAAAGAUGGACCCUUCGGAGGCCGGAGCCAGUGCUGCGGAGGAAGAGGAUGAGGAGGAAGCCGAGGCUCAGAAGAAGAAGCGGGUGGCCUCCGUGCCCUCCUCAUCAUCCUCAUCAUCCUCACCAUCAUUGGCGGUGGCAGAAGAGCCCCCUUUGCGCCCGCGGACGCGCUCCAACCCGGAGGGGGCCGAGGACCGGGCCCCGAGCGCUGCCACCGUGACCCCAGGCACCCCGGUCCCCGGCCUGGUGGGCAGCCGCAGCGAAGGCGAGGGAGAGGCCGGCCCACAAAGCGCCACCAACACCGCCGGACCCGCUUCUCCGGCCACCUGGCCCCCGCCGGCUGACUUCCGGGUCAAGACGCCCCGAGUCAACUGCGCCGAGAAAGUGAUCAUUUGCUUGGAUCUUUUGGAAGAAAUGUCCCACCCGAAGCUGGAGUCGUUCAACGGCUCCAAAACCAACGCCCUGAACGUUUCCCAGAAGAUGAUCGAGAUGUUUGUCCGCACCAAGCACAAGAUCGACAAGAGCCACGAGUUCGCCCUGGUGGUGGUCAACAACGACGUCACCUGGCUUUCGGGCUUCACGUCCGACCCCAGGGAGGUCUGCAGCUUCCUCUACGACCUGGAGACGGCCGAGUGCAAAUCCUUCAACCUGGAAGGCCUCUUCAACCUCAUACAGCAGAAGACGGAGCUGCCGGUGACGGACAACGUGCAGACGAUCCCACCUCCGUACGUGGUCCGGGCCAUCCUGGUCUACAGCCGACCCGCCUGCCAACCACCCGCAGCCGUCACCGAGCAGAUGAAGAAGAUGCUCCAGUGCCCGUACUACUUCUUCGAUGUGCUUUACCUCCACAACGGCGCCGAGGACAAAGAGGAAGAAGCCCGCUGCAAGGAGACGUUUGCCUUCUUCAGCAGCCUGGACUCGAAGGGCACGCACUACAAGUACGAGGUGGGCCUGGGGGGCCCGGCGGUGGAGCUGCACAACUGCAUGGCCAAGCUGCUGGCCCACCCCCUCCAGCGGCCCUUCCAGACCCACGCCGCCUACAGCAUGCUCGAGGACGACGAGCCCCCCGAGGCCGAGGCCGUCGUCUGAGACCCUUUUGUGUAUCCGUCAAUCCAUCAAUAAAUAUAUCGAUGCUC